AUGUCGAUGGAGCCUCGAAAUGGUUCUUCAGACAAAUCAGCAGCGGUCGGCGCCAUGUCGAAUAAGAGCGGUGGCGGCAAGUUGUCACGGCGGAGCAGCGAUGAUCUGGUGUCCCCGAGAAGCGUCCUCGACAGAUGCACGACGACGACGGACAAUAGCUGCACGGCGGGGACGUCGACGACGACGACGGGUGUUGUCGCGGAACCGUCCACGCCAAAGUCACCGCAAGGCGAUGAGCCACCGAGCCAGUGGAAGGGAGCGAUGGAGGCGUGGCGGGCAAGGACGAAGCGCCGCCUGGCCUCCGGCAUGAGUUUCGGCAUCCGCGGCGGCGGCAGCGGCAAGUGGCGGUGGCCGACCGCGGGGCAUGUGAACGUCGAGCAGCACGAUCUGUGCACGCUGAGGCUGUCCUUCCGGACCUUCUCCCUCUCGGAGCUCAAGAAGGCCACCCGCAACUUCAGCAAGGAUAACGUGGUGGGCAGGGGCGGGCACGCCAAGGUGUACCGCGGCGUCCUCGCCGACGGGCAGCUCGUGGCCGUGAAGAAGCUGCUGCCGGCGCCGGAGAAGAAGGACCGCGUGGAGAGCUUCCUGUCGGAGCUGGGGCACGCGGUGAACGUGCGCCACCCGAACGUGGCCAGGCUCGUCGGCGUCGGGUUGGAGGGCGGCGAGCACCUGGUGUUCCCGUUCUCCCGCCUGGGGUGCCUCUCGCGCAGGCUCCACGGGCACGGCGGCGCUGGCGAGGAGGAGGGGGCCAUGCCGUGGGAGGCCAGGUACAGGGUGGCCCUGGGUGCGGCCUGCGGGCUGGAGUACCUCCACGAGCGGUGCGCCAGGAGGAUCGUGCACCGGGAUGUCAAACCCGACAACAUCCUGCUCAAAGACGACUACGAGCCUCUGAUAUGUGAUUUUGGGCUUGCGAAGUGGCUGCCGGCCAAGAUGACGCACUACCAAGUAACCACCUUCGAAGGAACAUUUGGUUAUGUGCCGCCCGAGUACACGACGGACGGCAUCUUCAACGAGAAGACGGAUGUGUAUGCCUACGGUGUCGUGCUGCUCGAGCUCCUCACCGGCCGUCGCGCCAUCGAGGGUAGAACCCUAAGCCUCGUCACUUGGGUACGGCAAUUCCUCGGCAACAAGGAUGAUUCUCUUAAGAUGGUUGACCCUGCCUUGGGUGGUCGAUAUGAUGUGGAGCAGCUCGGCCAUGUCACCCAUGCGGCUGAACUAUGCAUCCACAACUCCCCCACCCAGAGGCCCCAAAUGAGCCAGGUCGUAAGAAUACUCCGAGGAGAGGAGGAGACACACCAAAGACUCGUGGUGCACCAGAAAGCCAGCAAUAACCGAUCCGCCAAUCCCCAUGAAAUAGAUGGCUAUGAUGUACCCACGCCAAGAAGGUAUCAGGAUGACCUGAGUCGCCACAAGGCUCUAGCCUUUGACUUCUAG